AGAUCGCAGACCUGCUGAUCGUUGACAUCAUGACGGCGGAGUUCAGUAACCUGACGUCGCUCAUGAACAACAUGAGCGAGUUUUCCAACCACACGGUGAGAUGCUCGUUAACCAAGACCGGCUUUCAGUUUUACUAUCUCCCCAUCGUCUACAUCAUCGUGUUCAUCGCAGGCUUUAUCGGGAACAGCUUGGCCAUAUGGAUGUUCGUGUGCCACAUGAGGCCCUGGAGCAGCAUCUCCGUCUACAUGUUCAACCUGGCGCUGGCGGAUUUUUGUUACGUGCUCUCGCUUCCAUUCCUCAUCUUCUACUACUUCAACAAAACAGACUGGAUUUUCGGAGACGUCUUAUGCAGACUGCAGAGGUUCAUCUUCCACGUGAAUCUCUACGGAAGCAUCCUGUUCCUCACGUGCAUCAGCGUGCACAGAUACUCCGGCGUCGUGCAUCCGCUCAAAUCGCUCGGGAGGCUGAAAAAGAAGAACGCCGUUCGCACCGUCGCGUUCGUUUGGUUCAUAGUCGUGGUCGGCAUCUCUCCCAUCCUUUACUACUCACGAACUGGCCCUAAGAAGGGGUUAACGACGUGCUACGACACCACGACCGAAGACGAGCUGCCUGGAUACUUCAUUUACAGCAUGUGCAUGACGGUGUUCGGCUUCUGCAUCCCGUUCAUCAUCAUCCUCAGCUGCUACGGCGGCAUCGUCAAAGCCCUCAUCUGCAACGACAUGGACAACGCGCCGCUGAGGAAGAAGUCGAUAUACCUGGUCAUCAUCGUGCUCACGGUGUUCGCCGUCUCCUACCUGCCCUUCCACGUCAUGAAGAACCUGAACAUGCGAGCCAGACUGUACUUCCAGAGCGCGGAUAUGUGUGCCUUCAACGACCGCGUGUACGCCAGCUACCAG